AUGUCCACCUUCAAAAUUUCUUUCAUAUUUUCCAUACUUCUCUUCCUUUUUCAUUCAACAAAAAGCACACCUCCAAUUUGUGACAAGAAAUCUUGUGGAAACCCAGCUGAUUUAGGAAUAUUGAAGUUCCCUUUCCAAUUAAUAGAAGAAAAUCAGAGUGAUCGAUGUGGUUACCAAGGAUUUGAAGUAUAUUGCAACAAUAAGAAUCAAACUUCUCUUACACUCUCAGAUUCAACAUUUGUUGUCAAAUAUAUUUCCUAUGAGACACAAAGAAUUUGGAUCAACGAUCCUAAAGAGUGUCCACCAAAACGGUUCAUUCAAAACAUAAACCUCGAUGAUUCACCUUUCUCAUGGGACGACUCUAACGCGAAUGAUAUUUAUGAAAAUGUAACAUUUCUCAAUUGUACAAAUUUUGCAAAGGACCCAAUAGUUAAUAAUCUUCCUACUAUACCUUGUCUAAGCAAUGACAAGUAUUCAAUCAUGUAUACGUUAUCAUCAAUUCCUAACAAUCCGUGGAAUAAAUCAUGUCAUGAAAUUGGCUUUGCUAUGGUUCCAGUCCAAGAUGAUUCUGGUCAAAAUAUGGUAAUCUGGAAUGGACUUCACUCUGAUAUAUUGUUGCGGUGGGAUACACCUUAUUGUCAUUGUGAAGCAGAUCAAUUUUGUGGCUUUUCAACGGAUACGAGUCUUGAUGUUACUUGUUACGACGCCAACUACAUUUAUGAUCGUCCAGGUGGAAAAAACUACUUUUUUUCAAUUGUAUGGGGAGUAUCUGCAAUUUUGUUCUUCAUAUGGAUAGCUUUAUCCGUAUACAAAAAUAGAAUGGCGCAAGACAACAGCCAACAAGGACAAACAAUUACAAACAUAGAACCAAGUAAUAGAGAACCACCUUGGUUUAUGUUUGGACUUGAUCAUUCAAGGAUAGAACAAUAUCCAAAGAUUCAACUAGCAGAGAGUGGACAAUUGCCUAAGUCCAUUGAUAAUGUUUGUUCCAUAUGUCUUAGUGAGUAUAAGCCAAUGGAGACAUUAAGGAGUAUACCUCAAUGUAAUCAUCAUUUUCAUGCUGAUUGUAUAGAUGUUUGGCUCAAGAUGAAUGCUACUUGCCCUUUAUGUCGAAACUUGCCAGAGUGA